CAAGUAAGCUUAUAUAAUGCCCAGGAUUGUCGGCCCUGUAUAAAUGUAUAGACCACAAAGAAAAGUAAACACCUGAAGCUCCUCUCUCCGAAGUUCCAUCAUCUUCCCAGCAGCCCGUCACCAUGUCCGAAUUGACCCUCUACAUCGUCAAGGGCGCAUGCUCCCUGGUGCCACAUGCCCUCCUGGAGCACCUUGGAAUCCCGUAUAACAUCAUUGACAUGGUGAUCACGCCAGAAGGUUGCGCGGCAGCAGACGCGUCAAUGUCAGCCGCCCAGUAUCGCACCAUCCACCCCCUUGGCUCCGUGCCCGCUCUACAACUCGCGUCUGGCGAUGUCAUCACCGAAAACGCAGCCAUACUCGCCUAUAUCAACUCUCUCGCCCCAGAGAACACAAUGUUCGGUCGAAGCCCACUGGAGUACGCACAGGUGAUACAAUGGUUCAGUCUCCUCUCAGGAGGCCUCCACGCCCAGGCCUUUGGGGCUCUCCUGCGACCUGAACGGUUCACAGACAGCGAGGCUUGUCUUGACGCCGUCCGCACCAAGGGCAAGAUUAGGGUUGGGGAGUACUUUGCCCUCAUGGAUAGGCAGCUUGAGGGCAAGAAGUACGCAGUCGGAGAAGCCUUGACUGCCGCCGACUUUUACAUGACAGUCUUCUUCUACUGGGCCCGUCGGAACAGACUUGACAUGGACGGCAAGUAUGCGAAUUACAAGCGCAUCAUCAAGACGGUCGAGAGCACCGGGGCGUGGAGGACGACGAUGGCUGAAGAGGGCAUUACUCUGGCAUUUGCGUAGUAUUGACAGUCAAGAAAUAAUUACAAGAAAAGGUCUAGU